CUAGCUUAAAUACAGAAACUCUAGGGUUUUUGAUUCAUUGCUGCUUUCUCCUGCCUCCGGCAUUGUAGAACUCCAGGUUUGAUAAGAAUGGCAGUUGAGGUCGCUGAUGCUGCUGGUGGGAUUACCAAUCUUCAGGAGACGACUGUGAAGCUCUUCAACCGCUGGAGCUUUGAUGAAGUGCAGAUUUCUGACAUCUCUCUGGAGGACUACAUUGCUGUGAAUCCAGCCAAGCAUGCCACCUAUGUCCCUCACACAGCUGGGAGGUAUUCUGUCAAGCGGUUCCGGAAAGCUCAAUGUCCAAUAGUGGAGAGGCUUACUAACUCUCUGAUGAUGCAUGGUCGCAACAAUGGGAAGAAGCUGAUGGCAGUUCGAAUCAUUAAGCAUGCCAUGGAAAUUAUCCACUUGUUGACUGAGCAGAAUCCCAUCCAAGUGAUUGUUGAUGCUGUGAUCAACAGUGGGCCAAGAGAAGAUGCAACUCGAAUUGGCUCUGCUGGUGUUGUGAGGCGUCAAGCUGUUGAUAUCUCCCCUUUGAGACGCAUCAAUCAAGCUAUCUAUCUCCUCACUACUGGAGCCCGAGAAUCUGCUUUCAGGAACAUAAAGACAAUAGCUGAAUGUUUGGCUGAUGAACUCAUCAAUGCUGCCAAAGGUUCAUCCAACAGUUAUGCAAUCAAGAAAAAGGAUGAGAUCGAGAGAGUUGCAAAGGCCAACCGUUGAGUUGCAGGAUGCUUCGUGGCCAGAGAAAGUUUUGAACACAUCUCUCUUGGGUUCUUUGUUUGGUUUUUGUUGCGUUAUGCUUGAACAAGAUUAGUGAAUUGUUGCUUCCUUUUCUGGUAGAGACGUACUUUUUUCCUUCUAUAUUGUUGCUGGAGUUCUAAUAUAUCUUAACAGGCACCAAGAAUUAUGUUUUUUUGUGUUAUUUUAUUUCACUCAUUUCCCUAA